CUGCCUCCCUUUCUCCCGUCCACUUUCAUCUCAGCCAAAAGCUGCUGGAAAAGGAGAUUGUGUUUGAAUUGCUUCAGCUAAUCCUUGCUGCUUUCACUGCAAGAAGAACUUGUUUGCCAUGGUGAAGGAAAAAGUGGCCCACGCUCAGGAGCCUCACCACCCCUCCGAGAAGCCCGUCAUCCACUGCCACAAGUGCGGGGAGCCGUGUAAGGGGGAAGUGCUGCGUGUCCAGGCCAGGCAUUUCCACAUCAAAUGCUUCACCUGCAAAGUGUGUGGCUGUGACUUGGCACAAGGAGGCUUUUUCAUUAAGAACGGGGACUACCUCUGUACCCUGGAUUACCAGCGCAUGUACGGCACCCGCUGCAACGGCUGUGGGGAGUUCGUUGAAGGAGAAGUAGUGACAGCUCUGGGAAAAACUUACCACCCCAACUGCUUUGCCUGCACUGUUUGCAAGCGCCCAUUUCCACCAGGUGAUCGGGUUACCUUUAAUGGAAGGGACUGCCUCUGUCAGAUGUGUGCUCAGCCCAUGUCCUCCAGCCCGAAAGAAGUGUCUGCCUCAAGCA